AUGAAAGCCAAAAGAGAAACAACAGUAAUCGAAAUCGAAGACAACGACGAAGACGAUGCUUUCCUCUGUCAAGUUGCCAAAGCUGAAUCCGAAGCUCUCUCCGCUUCCAACUUCAAACGCCGCAAAAUGACCACCGUUGAUUUCAACGAAAAUCAAGAGAACACCAAAACCACGAUGAUGAUGAUGAUCAAGGUGAAGGAGGAAAACAACAAUGAAGGAGACUACAUGGCAGCUUUAAAAGGCAGUAGAAGUGCUUCAUGGCAACAACGAAUCAAAGCCGUUUCUUCUUCUAAAUUUGCCCCUUCUGAUUACAAAUCAAACAAUGCCCGCGGCGGCGGCGGCGGCGGCGGUGGCGUGGAUGGUGCCGGUAGCGGUGCGGUGGUUCCUGAGAAGAUUUGUCCUUGUGGGUUGGGAGUUUGUAACGUUUUUACUGCUAAUACUGACAGGAAUCGCGGCCGGGCUUUCUACAAGUGCCCCCAAAGACAGGAAAAUGGGGGGUGUGGGUAUUUUCAAUGGUGUGACGAAUCUUCAGCGACAAAUUAUGGUGGUGGAUUUGGUGGGGGUGGAAGCCAAGUUUAUGUGUCUAAUUCUAUGUUUCCUGAGCUUCAAUGUCCAUGUGGAGCUGGGUCUUGCUUGAUUUUGACAGCUAAAAAAGGAGAAAAUAUUGGGAAGCAAUUCUAUAAAUGUCCUGCAAAACAGUUCAUUCUCCAUGCUGAGAGAGUAAUGAAAGACAAGGAAGGUUUAGAUGCUAAAGGAGUCUAUGAUGGAAAAGAUAUAGAUGCGUUUUCUAUGGUUUGGGAUAUUGUUUACUGGACUUCAUGUGUGAAAUAUUUGACAGGGAUGGUAGGUGGUGAAAAAGGCACCCCAAGAAGCAGAGCCGCUCUGUUACAUUCUUUAUCUGACAGUCAUACGCUUUUCGCUGCUUUGCAGGGAAGUUGUAAUUUCUUCAAAUGGUGCAAUGAUAAUACUGCAUCAGCUGGUCUUCCAGCUAGUGCCUCCAAGGUCUACUUGGACAUGAACGACUCCAGCAACAAAAGCUACGGUGCAAGAACUGGAUCUUCCUGUUUCAAAUGUGGGAAGGAAGGCCAUUGGGCAAAAGAUUGCAGUGUGAGUGUGACUUUGUCUGAUUCUCCUGCUACAUUUGGAGCAAGUUCUGGUUCAUCUGGUACUUGUUACAAAUGUGGUCAGCCUGGGCACUGGGCAAGAGACUGCACUUCUAGUCAUAAUAAGAACGUUCCACAGCGUCUUGUUUUUGCUAUGACUGUUGUUGGUCUACGAGUCAUUACACCUGACUUGGUAGCUAGCACUUCACUACUCUCGGAUCCUCGAUUUGCCAAGUUGCAUCUCAAACGGGCAAAUGAAGACAACAACGUCAGCCGCCAAAGGCUCCUUGUUGCAACUGAUCCUCUUUAUUCUGUGGACUUCGAAGCAGCCAGCGAUGGAUGUAAUGAUGAUGCAGUAGUGGAGCUUCCUUGUCCAAAUGCGGUGAGUCAUAACGACUCUUUCGCUGUUGGAUUAUUUCUGGGAUCUUGUGAUGGCAUACUAUGUAUACUUAACGAGGUUGAUGAUAUGGUCUUAUGGAAUCCAUCUACUAGAGAGUCCAAGAAAUUGCCAGAACCAAGUUCUUCUCUGCACAAAGAUUUCUCCACUGGACUUGGUUAUGAUUCUUCCAUUGAAGAUUACAAAACGGUGAUUGUUUCAGCUACUGCCGAUGGCUCUGACCAAACUGUGGCUGAAGUCUUCACAUUGAAAACCAACAAAUGGAGAAAAAUUCCAGGCGCUCUUUCUGGUAUUACCUUGGGAGGUCGUUACGAAGGAGUAUUUUGGAAUGGGGCUUUGCACUGGUUGGGGAAGCGAGGAAGUGGUGCUGCUCAUGAUUUGGAUGUUAUUGUUUCAUUUGAUAUAGCAGAAGAGAAAUUCAUGGAGGCUGUGCCACUUCCGAAUCAUUUUUCUACAGCAGUUCUGACCGUCUCAGGAAACUGCUUGUGUAUUUUCGGCAAACUACGUCCGUGUGGAGGCUAUUUUGAAGGAUGGUUAACGAGUGACUAUGGCGUCAAGAAAUCAUGGAGAAGACUGUUCUCUGUCCCUGUUGAAAAACUGUCUCUAGAUUGUUAUUCAACAGAAAUGUGGUUGACGAAGAAAGGGGAAGUUCUGAUAGACAAUCAUGGAUGUCCAGGGAGACUGAAACUGUACCACCCGGUAGAAGAUGCAAGAAAGUUCUUAGAGGUAGAGCAUGAUAGUAAUCCGUUUUAUGAUUCGGCAAUAUAUACAGAAAGUCUGGUUUCACUAGGUUAG